AUGGCGGCUAGUGACUCAAGAUCAACGACCCGCCGCCUCUUCAUCACCGACCAGGAGACCAAGGUGCGCUUCCUGAUCGAUACCGGAGCAGACCUGUGCGUCCUCCCGCGGCGACUUGUACGUGGGCCACAGCGUAAAUCCACAUACGAGCUAUUGGCGGCGAACGGCACAGUCAUCCCUACCUACGGCACCAUCAACAUCGCACUCAACCUGAGACUUCGGCGGACGUUUCCUUGGCGUUUCGUCAUCGCUGAUGUCUCCAAGCCCAUCAUCGGAGCGGACUUCCUGUUCCACUACGGACUGAUGGUGGAUCCAUGCAACGGAAGGCUCGUGGACUCUCUCACCUCACUCACCUCACUCGGUCAAGUCGAAGCUGUUGACUUGCCGAACAUCAAGACGGUGACAGGUACAUCGCAGUACCACGAGCUUCUCCAGCAGUUCCCCAACCUCACCAGACCAGACGGGACGGGCAAACCUCCGCAGCACAGCACCAAGCAUCACAUCCAGACCACACCAGGACCACCGGUCAACAGCAAACCCAGACGACUGGCUCCGGACUGA